AAACUUGUAGCAUUUGUCGCUGCAGGACAUUUUGAAGACCUGCUGGAAAGAUUUUUAACCCCCCUUGGGGUGCAUAUAUCUGUCUGUGCAGAGACUUCAACUGACUGCAUUAUGUUUAAAAUCCUCAACGGCAUCAAUGGACCUGACGUGGAAUUCUGAAGAUAACAUUGGUACAUUACAUCCAACUGACUUCCAAGGAUAAACAGUCGUCUGGAAUCUUGUAUUUUUCCCCACCACGGAAGCUAGGUUUCAUCCCUACCAGGCUGCCAGAUGCAGCUGCAUCCAACUUAAUGUGUCACCAUGGACCACGAAGAGGUGCAGGCGGAGCAGGACCAGAUUUCCGUGCUGAUCCAAGGGGAUGAUUUGCCACCGGUGGUCAGUACAGAUGAGCAACAGCGCCACCUUUGGCGGCGGCUCCUUGACACAGAGGCGGAACUGCAGCAGUCCACCCAGGAGCUGCAUACUUUACGUUCACAGCAGGCCAAUGAGAUGAAGGAGGUGGACAGCUAUGUUGCACAUAUUCGUGGCCUGCUGCAACAGCGCGAGUGUGUGACUGCUGGCUAUGAAAGAGACAAUGAACAACUGCGACAAGAGCUGCACCAAAUCAGACAACAACAAGACAUUCAGAGCAAGGAACUGGCGGAGAUGUUAGCCCAGGAAGACCUUGGGGAGAUGGGCCUGAGCAGCCCCAGUGAGCAAGUGGCUUACUUACUAGUGGAGAGGGCAACACUACUUGAAAGACUAGAAGCUGCUGAAAGGAGGCUUGAGACCCAGAGCUUAUCUGGCAACAUGAGGGAUGUCCCACCUCAGGGUUCGUCCCAGACUCCAUGGAAGAAGCUAUUUGGGCUGCGCAGGUCUGGUCAGAGCAAAAACAAUAUUACCCCUGCUCACAGUGAGGAGCUUUCCCAUGCGCGUAACGAGCGCCAGCGGCUGGAGCGCGACUUGGAAGAGGCAUCAAGCAGGUUGGAGAUGGCUCAUCAGGAAAUCCGCAGGCUCAACAGUGAGCUCGAUGUUGCCAAAAGCAACAGCCUAGAUGCCUGUGGGUCUGAGCUUCAGGAAACACUACAAGAACUAGAGAUUUUGAGGAAAGAAGUGGACAAACUGAAGCAAUGCGAUAUGAUGAAGCUGCAGAAAGCCAAAGAGCAAAGUGACAGACUGGAUGCUGACAACAGAAGUCUGAGGGAAAGAGUCUGUUCUUUAGAGUCAGAGAAGAAAAAUCUGCUCGAGGCGUUGGAAAAAAGUGAAGACGACCAAGCCCCGAAAGAGGACAGAAGGCAAAAGCACAGUGAACCCCAGAGCAACCUGGCUGACUUUUCACAUAAAGAAACUAAUCUGUCUCACGAACGCUGUCAUGCGGUGAUUGAAGACAGGCUUGUUCAUGUGAGAGAGCUGGAGCGCCAACUCCAGCGGCUUCGCAAGGAGCAGGAGGAGCUAGAGGAGAGGAACGAGGAGCUGGAAGCUCUGCUAGGCGAGGCCCAGAAUGCCAGCAAGGAAGAGAGGCAUCGUCAUGAGGGAGAGCUGGAGGGACUACAUCGGCGGAUCAAAAACCUUGAGGGAGAGCUGAAGAAGCAGGAAACCCAAGAAAAGCUGUUCAAAAACAGCGACGAGGUCAAAACCACAGAGUCCUUCUUACAGCUGCACCUACGAGAGAGCGGGCCAGAGAGACUGGCUCUGCUUGAAGCUCGUCUGACUGAGGAGAAGGACUGGAGAAAACAGCUAGAGUUGGACCUAAGUGCAGCACAAGCUGCCCUAAAAAAAGACAAGGAGGCUUUGCAGAUUGGUGAGAGAGAGCUGAAGAAGCUGAGACUUGAGGUCAACAGUCUCCAGACUGAAUGCCAACAGGGGAAAACACUCAUCAAGAGUCUCAACCAAGUCAAAGGAGAAAAGGCAGUUCUGGAGGAGAAGUUAGCCCAGAUGGAGCGUGCCCACAGGCGACUCCAGAAUGAGAUGGAACGCCACAAGAGCAGCAACCAAAUCCAGGACCUGCACGAAUAUCGAGUACAGGUGGACCAGUUUCAGGAGCAGACUGACCGACUUACCAAAGAACUCAGCAGCCUUCAAACAGAACACAACAAACACAGGGAUGAGAUGGCCUUUGAGCGGCAGCAGAUGGCUGAGCUGCAGGCCAAGCUGAGUGACAGCAUCCAGAAGAAGCUGGCGGUCGAAGGGGAAAAAGAGAAGCUGGAGGUUGAGAUGCAACAUCUUAAGGAGCAACUCCAGCAGCAGGAACAGCUCUCUUUGACUAAUGAAGCACUUCGAAGAAACCUGAAAUCUGCACACUUAGAGUCAAGUUUUGGUCCAGUGGAGAAGACCAAAGAAAAAUGCUUGGAUCAGCAAGAGAAUCACAUGCAGAACAAACAAGUGGAGGUGCAGCAACUGACCUCUCAGCACCAUCUGGCUUUGCAGGCACAGAUCAGUGAAACCAAGGCACACAUCAAGUCCCUGGACUUAGUGCUGAAUCAGAAGGCAGAGGAAGCUAAACAGAUGAAGCAGAACCUGCAGAGGGUACAGAGUCUGUUCACCUCAGCAGAGAGAGAGCUACGCUAUGAGAAGGAGAAGAACAUGGACCUGAAGAGGCACAACACCCUGCUAGACAAUGAAAAACUUAAGCUUUCAGCAGAGCUGAACCAGGUCCAGACCAAACUAGUCCAGAUGGAAAAGAGUCUUCACACUCAGGCCGCUGAUUCAGAACACCAGCAGCAAAGAAUGAAAGAACUGGAGCUGGAAUUGGCACGCAACUCUGCCAGCCGCAAUGUCGCCACCGGUUUGCAAGACGAGCUACAGGUUGAGAGGGCACGGGUCAUUGUGGCUGACAAGAAGGUGGUAGAACUGCAGCAACAACUCAAGACGACCCAGCACCAGUUGCGCAUGGAGGAAGCUCGGGCCAGCGAGAGCAGCCGCCUGGAGCGGGACAGCAGGGAUCUGUCUGACACCUUGUCAUCCCUCAGAGCCAAACAGCAGGAGGACAACAUCAACAGGAAGCUCUUAGAGCAGCGCGAGGAGGAGCUCCAGCACCAAGUACGUUCCCUGCGGUUGAAGGAGGCGACACUCACCAGGACCAAUGCUGAAUUCAGCCACCGAGCACAGCAGCUAGAGUCAGAGCUUAACAAGUCUCGAGAGGAGGCAAAAGAGAGUCAAGCAUCUUGCCGUAAACUGAAGGAUGAUGUGGUGGCCUGUCAGCUGGAGUGUGACAGAAUGCAGGGAGAGCUCAAGCAGGUUUUCCUACAACUGAACACAAACAUCAGGAAGUACAAUGAAAAACAGCAUAGGCACAAGACCAAACUACAUCAGGCCAGGCAGGCCUUACUCACAACCACUGCACAGAGGGACAACACCAUCCAGAAACUAGAGAAUGAAUUGACUCUGGCUGCCAGCCUCUCACACAAGGCAAAGGAGAGCAUUCAUAAUGUGAUGGAGGAAAAUGAAAAACUUCUGGAGGAGAGGAGGAUGCUGUUGCUGAAGAUAAGCGAGGCAGAGGAAAUGGGGAGCAAUGGCAUGAGGGCUGCAUCUACUGUUCAACACAGGGUCAGUGUCUUAGAAGUAGAAAACAGACGACUACAGGAUCAAACGCUAAGGCUGUCUAAUCAGGUCAGUUCCUUGGAGCGUGCCCUGAGGAAUGCCCAGUCCUUCAACAGCAAUGAGAGUUCAAAGAAAGUGCUCUGUGACAGCAUCCUGCAAGGAUCUACAUUAAGCCUAACUUCUGGUUCCUAUGACCCUCGGGAAUUAUUGGAUGCAAUCUGCCGAACUAAGUUUGAGCACGUGUCGGACGGCACAGGAGCAUCUGUCUCCACGCAGCAACCGUCAGAACAAGGCUAUCUGAACCUGGUCUCCCCACUGUUUCCUCCUGACAACACCCUGGGGAGUCCAAAUAGCAGUGAUGAUGCAUGAGGGGCGGGCCCGCAAGGAGCCAAAGUGGAUUCAAAAGGUAAAAUCUAUAUGGCUUGAAAAGACUAUAAUAAAAGGACAUUUAGUGCAGUGGGAUAUUAAAAUAAGUGAUUGUUAUCCUUAUUUUGAGAAUAAUAGCGUAUGAUAGGACAAAGUACUUCAGGCCAGUGAAUGUUGAAGCCUUUAAUAAUAUGUGACUGAGAAUAUUUAAAACUGAGCACUUUAUAAAUCAUGUCAGUAUGUUUACAUUUCAUAAUGUACAAUCUGUCAACAUUUGUAAAAGUAAGGAAAAUUUUCCAGAAAAAUGAGGGAAACUCCCGUAACGCAUUUGACUUUACCGGCCACAGGAUGUGUCUAAGCGGACUAGAAGUUGUACUGCUCCGGCAGAGAAUUUUUUUUCUCAUGAAAGUUAAACUAUGAGAAACAUUUAAACCGGAGGGCGCCAGUAAAGUACGAUAGCUUCCCAGGUGAAAACUGGGUGGUUGGUAGGUAUGAUAAUGUAGCAGAGGGAUGGUGUGAUAUUUGCAUUUUUAAUCAUGUUGCAUGAAAAGUUGCCAACUCUAUUACAUUUUAAGUGUUUUUUUCAUCAUGUAGCGAUAAAGUUGAGCCUGUGUAGUAACUAUGACAUAGUACUUGUUCUUUUAAGCAUUGAAAGAGAAAGUGAAAGCUAUUUUGAGUCUCCCAAGCAUUAAUUUGUUAGGAGACUGUGAAAAAGUUCUGGUACUUAGCCUAACAGUAAAUUCUGGUGUAUAAUAUGCACCGGGGUAUAAGCCGCACCCACUAAAUUUAGAGGAAAAACAGAUUUGUACGUAUAUAAGCCACACAUGUCCACGUCAUGGCAUAUUGUGGCUCCCACUAGUCUGUGAGGACCAGGCAGCUCUUUUUUGACAGGAGCCAAUCAUUAACUAUGAAAAAACUCACAAUGAGUCAUUGGAAAUUGCUGGAGGUCAUUACUUAGUGUAACUGUCUGACUCAUGGUGCCAUCUGACAAAGAACACUAAACUCAUCACACAGCAACUUAACACUCAAACCGUAUACCUAAUAUACAAUCAUUGACCAAUACGAGUUUAAAAUGGAAAAAACAUUUUUUUACGUUUUUCCAUCAUGCAUUUUGUCUGAGCAAAAGAUCUCAUUGGAGGACAAGUGGGCACAGAACAUGGAUGGAUGACACUGCAAUGCUGCCUCUGUCCACCAGAGGGAGCUAGAGGAAGGCUGACAUCAUUGCAGCGCUCCACAGGCACCAAUGAAUGCAUUGACGCAUUGCACUAUGGGAAAACAAUGUGUUGUUUUUUUUUUCCUAUUUUAAACUUGUAUUGGUACAUGUUUGUAUAGUUCUCAAGUAUACCUUUUGAGUGUGAAGUUGCUGUGUGAUGAGUUUAGUGUUCCUUGUAAGAUGACACCAUGAGUCAGACUGUUAUAUUGUUUAUAUAUCUAUAUAUAUAUAUAUAGAUAUAUAAAAGCAUGACUGUCUUGCUGCUGGGUAAAAGGUUUGAUAAAUUGUAGUUUGCAUUAAAUUCAAAAGAAACCUUGGCACUUGUACACAUGUAAAUAUGUUUUUAAACAACUAUUUUCAUGAAUAAAGACAUUACAUGCUCAAUUUAUUUGCUUCUGCAUGCCAACGAAGUGUGUCACUUUCAGGCAAAACAAGCAGACUGUGCUGAAUUUAUAACAGUCUCUUUAUUAAACAAGGUAAUGAUACAAAGCUUUUUUUUCCUUUUUUUCCCUUUUCAACAUUGCUAACCCGUGAGUUAACUUCUUUGUCUUGGCUGUGCAUAUUUAGUUGUCUAGAAACCGUAUAUGAAGCCACAAUGCAAGACAGGAAAAGGUUUAAUAAAUCUACACAAUAUUUUUUUUCCAUAGAGAACUCAGGUUAAACAGUUAUACAGAUUACAGCUCCAUGCAGGAGGGAAAAAUGGAAAAAAAAGAACCCAGAACUGAAUACUGCAGAAUGCAAUACAGAGUAAUGGAGAUGUCAUGAUAGAACAGUUAAGGCUGACAUGUAAAUAACCAAUAUAAAACGUGAUUAAUAUCUAAAAGGUCAUACAUGUUUUUUUUUUCUCUCCAAACAAAAUAUCCACCAUAUGGACAAAAGUACUUGGCCACCAAUGGUAGUGACAUUGUACUCACGCUUCUUGGAAGGCUUUGAAGUAUCUUUGUAGUUCUUGAUUUGUACACUAGGGCAGUCAUGUUAGAAUAGAGAUGGGUCUUUCCUAAACUGUUUCCACAAGGUUGGAAAGCAGCAUAGGCAUUAUCUAAGAUGUCUCGCAAUGGGGCCUAGCCCAAACCCAUUCCAUGAGGUUUGUAUGCUUACAUUAAUACCAGAAUUUCUGACCUCUUCAAUCAGCAAAGUGUUUGUCCAAAUACUUUUGUCCACAUAGUGUAUUUAUUAAACCUUUAAAAAUAUAUACUACAAAUGAAUAACGUGUUAAACAGUACAGCAGCCUAUUCAACUAAAUUGUUCUGAGGGCCACAUUUCCAGAAAGCUAAGGACCGGACUUCUCGCUUCACAAUUAUUGUUAUUUUGUAUUUUAUGUCACUGCCGUACAUUAAAAGUUUACUUCACCAAAUGGCUGAUGUAGUCAUAAAUUAAAACACAACAAUGUUUACAUUGGUCCAAGUUCCUCAAAACAGGGGCACUCUGCUGUUUUUAAGGACCUACUGCAAAAAAAAAAAACAUCCUCUGUAUUACGAUGCUCUAGUGUUUUUACGAAACUGCUGCAAAAAUGUUAGUCUCUCCCAAGUUUUGAACUGAAUUCACGGGCCAGUCUGGUGUCAUUCCUGGACCGGAUUUGGCCCGCGGGCCGCCACAUGGAGUAACACAGCAGUACAGCAAAAUGGACAUGUUUCCCAUGAUGUCCAAACAGAAAGUUAACUUGAAAAGGCAGGGUUUGUUGUUUUGUUGUUGGUGUUAAGUGUCCAUAGUUGUUCAAGCCUAUGCUUUGACUCUUUCGGUUUACUGUUUCUUUUAUACAUUGUUCGCGCUUCCUUCUCGGACACGACGCCUCGCCAUAGCACCUUUUACACAAGUGCCCUGAAGAACAUGGCAAACCUUUUUAGUACCAUCCAGAGGUUAAAAAGUACAGCGGAAAAACACAACAAAGAAUACUGUCUACAGUAAAAAUAAUACAACUGGAGAAAGAACAUGGAAGACGAAGGUGACACAUGUAAGCAUAAUGGAAGAUGUUUAUACUGCAGUUAAUUCCAAAGAAUAAAGCUUAUGUCAAAAAUCCUUACUGAGAGUGCUGUACAGUUACUUCACAUUUUGGUCCAAUGGUUAGUUGAUAUUUGCUACUCAAGUAAAAGAAAAUGUUUUGUUUUGUUUUGUUUUUUAAGUAGGGUUGAGUUUACCUGGCACUGGUUAAGUGUACAAUGUAUAAGACCUCAGCAUCAAACACUUUUAAAAUAAACUGAUUAGAGGAAGUGGACAAAUAUUACAAGAUUGGCUUUUAACAUAUGGCACUAGUUUGUAGGACGUGAUGGGAAAGGUCAUUUUAAAAGCAGUAUCACUUUGAUCACAUGGUAUGAUCUCAAGGUGCUGUCAGGUAAAAGAUUUAAGUGGGAGGGUGAGAACUUCUUUUCCCUUAACAUUACACUUCCUCCCUCCUCGCAUCAAUAAACCAAUACAA